UGUAGCACGCUGGCAGCCUGUGUGAGAUGGCGGUCGGCAGUCAGAGCGUUUAGCUCUCCUUAACCCUCUAACUCUAACCCUGGUAGGAACGUUCUGCCUCAUUUAUCCCGGAUUCUGGCCCGAGGUAUGGAGGGGGGCAAACCGAGCCUGAACCUGGUCUACCAGGCGGUCCAGGCUCUGUACCACGACCCGGACCCGGCCGGGAAGGAGCGGGCGUCGGUGUGGCUCGGAGAGCUGCAGAGAUCGAUGUAUGCAUGGGAGAUCUCAGACCAGCUGCUGCAGCUCAAACAGGAUGUGGAGUCGUGCUACUUCGCUGCUCAGACAAUGAAAAUGAAAAUCCAAACGUCUUUCUACGAACUUCCACCUGAGACCCACAAUGCACUGCGAGACUCCCUGCUGACCCAUAUCCAGAACCUCAAAGACCUGUCGCCCAUCAUCGUCACACAGCUCGCUUUAGCCAUCGCAGAUCUCGCUCUACAGAUGGCCUCGUGGAAAGGAUGUGUUCACACGCUCAUAGACAAGUACAACAAUGAAAUCAGCUCUAUGCCUUUCCUCAUUGAGAUUCUCACUGUGCUGCCAGAGGAAGUUCACAGUCGAUCUCUGCGAAUCGGAGCCAAUCGUAGGACAGAAAUCAUCGAGGAUCUGGCGUAUUAUUCCAGCACCGUGGUCACUCUGCUGACGACUUGUGUGGAGAAGACGGGGAAUGAUGAGAAGAUGCUCAUCAAGGUGUUUCGAUGUUUGGGCAGCUGGUUCAACCUGGGAGUCCUUGACAGUAACUUCAUGGCUAGUAACCAGCUGCUCAUGGUGCUUUUCCAAGUCCUGCAGAGGGAUGAGACAUCCACAAACCUCCACGAGGCAGCCUCAGACUGCGUGUGCUCGGCUCUGUAUGCCAUCGAGAACGUAGACACUCACAUGCCGUUAGCUUUGCAGCUGUUCCAGGGCGUCCUGACGCUUGAGACGGCGUAUCACAUGUCUGUAGCCCGGGAAGAUCUGGACAAAGUGUUGAACUACUGCCGGAUCUUCACCGAACUCUGUGAGACCUUCUUAGAAACAACCGUCAGGAACCCGGGACACGGCAUGGGCGACCUCAGGACGCUGGAGCUGCUGCUGAUCUGUGCAGGACACCCGCAGUACGAGGUAGUGGAGAUCUCCUUUAACUUCUGGUAUCGCCUCGGAGAACAUCUUUAUAAAAUAAACGAUGCAGCUCUCAACACCAUCUUUAGACCGUACAUCCAGAGGCUUCUACACUGUUUGGCCCGACACUGUCAACUCGACCCCGACCACGAGGGAAUCCCAGAGGACACAGACGACUUUGGCGAGUUCAGAAUGAGAGUCUCCGACCUUGUUAAAGAUGUUAUUUUUCUGGUUGGUUCCAUGGAGUGUUUCUCCCAGUUGUAUUCCACGUUGAAAGAGGGGAAUCCUUCAUGGGAAGUGACAGAGGCGGUUCUUUUCAUCAUGGCUGCCAUUGCAAAGAGCGUAGAUCCGGAGAACAACCCCACGCUGUCUGAGGUUCUGCAGCAGGUGGUGCUACUUCCUGAAAGCGUUCACAUUGCGGUGCGGUAUACGAGCAUCGAGCUGGUCGGAGAGAUGAGCGAGGUGGUGGAUAGAAACCCUCGGUUCCUUGACCCCGUGUUGAGCUACCUGAUGAAAGGUCUCAGAGAAAAACCUCUGGCGUCAGCGGCGGCGAAGGCAAUCCAUAACAUCUGUUCAGUGUGCAGAGAUCACAUGGCUCAGCACUUCCAGGGUCUGCUUGAAAUUGCACGCUCGCUCGACUCCUUUGCCCUGUCCACCGAGGCCGCUGUGGGACUGCUGAAAGGUACGGCUCUUGUCCUGGCUCGUCUUCCUCUGGAGAAAAUCGCAGAAUGUCUCAGUGACCUUUGUGCUGUUCAGGUGUUGGCUCUUAAAAAGCUUUUGGCUGAAGAAUCUACAAAUGGUAAAUCAGCUGAUCCCACAGUGUGGCUCGACAGAUUGGCUGUUAUCUUCAGACACACAAACCCCAUUGUAGAGAACGGACAGACACACCCAUGUCAGAAAGUUAUACAGGAGAUCUGGCCUGUCCUGUCAGAGACUCUGAACACUCAUCAGGCUGAUAACCGGAUCGUAGAGCGAUGCUGUCGCUGUCUCAGGUUCGCUGUACGAUGCGUUGGGAAAGGCUCCGCCUCCCUGCUGCAGCCUCUGGUCACUCAGAUGGUGAGCGUGUACCAGGUGUAUCCACACUCCUGCUUCCUCUACUUGGGCAGCAUCCUGGUGGACGAGUACGGCAUGGAGGAGGGCUGUAGGCAAGGCCUUCUCGACAUGUUACAGGCUCUGUGUAUGCCGACCUUCCAGUUGUUGGAGCAGCAGAAUGGUCUGAGGAAUCAUCCAGACACUGUGGACGACCUGUUCAGGCUGGCCACCAGGUUUGUCCAGAGAAGUCCGGUCACUUUACUCAGUAGCAGCGUCAUUGUUCACAUCAUCCAGUGCGCCAUUGCUGCAACCUCAUUGGACCAUCGAGACGCCAACUGCAGCGUGAUGAAGUUCGUCAGAGAUCUGAUCCAUACAGGGGUCGCCAAUGACCACGAGGAAGACUUUGAGCUGAGGAAGCAGCUGAUUGGUCAGGCCAUGGAGCAGCAUGGUCAGCAGCUCAUCACUCAGCUCAUGCACUCGUGUUGUUUCUGUCUACCGCCGUACACGCUGCCCGACGUCGCCGAGGUUCUGUGGGAGAUCAUGGUGUUCGACAGACCUACGUUCUGUCGCUGGUUAGAGAUCGCACUCAAAGGUUUACCCAAGGAAACCACGGGAGGAGCCGUGACUGUCACCCACAAACAGCUGACAGACUUCCACAAACAGGUCACCAGUGCUGAGGAGUGUAAACAGGUGUGCUGGGCCAUCAGAGAGUUCACCAGACUGUUCCGAUAGCUACAACCGUCACACAACACAGGUUAAAUCUUUUUUUGACCAACUUUCAGAGGUGACGGCAAAAAUCUGCGACUGCAGACGGCGAUCCAAAGGGACGAGAUGAUGAUCACGAUGACGAUGGAGGAGGGACUUUGAAUGUGAAACACAAAGCAUCACUCUGAAGGACAAAGUCAAGACUGAUUGGACACGACAAGUCCUCAAACCCCAACCCCUAACCUCACCUGCAGCAGGCGCGAGGUGGGCGGGGUCGGGUCCUGCAGGUGGGCGGAGUAAACGAAUGAACUGAUGCGGAUCAGUCCUGUUGGAUCUUCAUCAGUUUUAAAUCGUAGGAUGUGCCUGGUCAACAGUUUUUAAGAGAACAUUUAUUUUUGAGACUUUGGUCGAGAUGUUUCUGUCAGUGCCAUAAGCAGAGCCAAAAUAUUUCCCAUGUUGCUCUUGGCUGAACGGCUGCCUGCACGGGCUGAAUGCUGGAGGAUUUGACGUCACCUUUGACCUUUUAACUUCUGUUGAAUUUUAGUUGUUUUUUUUUUUUCACAAAGUGAGAUGGAGUAAACUCUGAGCGCGGAGACGGACGGAUUGACACCAUGACAUCGUUGGUGAUGUAGCCUUGUUGAAAACAAUAAAACAACAGCUGAAACAUCAA